UUGGGAGAAGUCGUGUUGGUGUGGCCGUCAGACAUGUCUGCUCUCCGUCGUCUUCUUCUUCUUCGCGCCAACUCCGCACGUCCUCGCCUUGUUGCUGCCACGGCCCAUCGCAACAUCCACGUGGAAGCUCCGCCCAUCAUACCAGCGCUAACCAGCAGCUACGCCCAUGGCACGUCCUCCUUCACGCUGCAGCACGCCACGGUGGGCGAGGCGCUGCUGAAGAUGGUGGAACGCUGGCCUGAUCGCGAGGCCAUGGUGUUCGUGCAAGAUGGCGUCCGCAAGACUUUCGCUCAGUUCCAGGAGGAGGUGGACCGCGUCGCCGCCGGCCUGCUGGCUCUGGGUCUGCAGACGGGCGACCGCCUGGCCAUGUGGGCGCCCAACACCUACGAGUGGAUCUUGUUCUUCUUCGCCAGCGCCAAGGCGGGACUCAUCAUGGUCUGCCUCAAUCCAGCCUAUCAGCUGCAGGAGGCGGAGUUUGCGCUGCGGAUGGCAGGCUGCAAAGCGCUGGUGUGUCCUGAGAGCUUCAAGACUCAGAAGUACUGUGACAUGCUGAGACUGCUUUGUCCUGAGCUGGAGUCUUCCCAGGCAGGAAACCUGCACAGCCGCAGACUUCCCGACCUGCGCAGCGUGAUCGUCCUGGACAGCCGACAGCCCGGAACCUUCCACCUGGAUGAGGUGCUGCAGGCGGGCAGCAGCCGCUUCCUGCGCCAACUUGAGCAGCUCCACAGGAAGUUGUCCUUUGACCAGCCUGUCAACAUCCUGUUCACCUCUGGAACGACGGGACGACCCAAAGGCGCCACCUUGACGCACCACAACAUCGUCAACAACGCCUUCUUCGUGGGCAAACGUGUGGGCUUCGACUGGCGGCCUGCCACACGAGUCUGCCUUCCUGUGCCGCUGCACCACUGCUUCGGCUCCGUGGGGGGCGCCGUCUGCAUGGCGGUGCACGGCAUCUCGCUGGUCUUUCCGUCGCCGUCUUACGAUUCCAGAGCCAACUUGGCCGCCAUUGAGAGCGAAAAGUGCACCUUUGUGUACGGCACACCCACCAUGUUUGUGGACAUGAUCCACCAGCCUGACCUGCACCUGUACGACCUCACCUCUCUUCUCACAGGCAUCAUCGCUGGCUCGCCGUGUCCUCCAGAGCUGGCAAAGAAGGUGAUGUCCAUCAUGGGAAUCAAGGAAGUCACAAUAGGAUAUGGAACCACAGAGAACAGUCCUGUGACAUUCUGUGGCUCGCCCUUGGACAACCUGGAGAGGAAGUGUGAGACUGUGGGCUACAUCAUGGACCACACUGAGGCUAAAAUUGUGAACCCAAGCAGCGGGGAGAUGGUCCCUCUGGGGUGUUCAGGUGAGAUCCUGAUCCGUGGCUACUGUGUCAUGAGGGGGUACUGGAACGACCCCCACAUGACACACCUGUGCAUCACUCAAGAUGGAUGGUACAAGACCGGGGACCUGGGCAGCUUGGACGUGUUUGGCUACUGUCGCCUGCAAGGUCGCAUCAAGGACAUGAUCAUCCGAGGAGGAGAGAACAUUUACCCUGCUGAGCUGGAACAGUUCAUCCACACACACCCCAAAGUCAAAGAAGUGCAGGUGGUGGGGGUGGAUGACCCCCGCAUGGGGGAAGAGAUUUGUGCAUGUGUGAAAGUGACAGAUGACCAGGAACUCACUGAGGACGACAUCAAGAAUUUCUGCAGAGGAAAGCUGUCCCACUUCAAGGUUCCUCGCUACGUGGUCUUUGUGGGCAGUUUCCCGCUGACGGUGACUGGGAAGGUGCAGAAGCAGGAACUGCGUGCGCAGGUGCAGGAGCAGCUGGGGAUCGGAAUGAAAACAUGAACUUCCUGUGUAAUGUCUCCCUCUGGUGGCCUUCCCUAAAAUGACUCCUAGCUCCUCCCCUUCCUGUUUGUGGACAGGAUGUAG